AUACUCGGACGAUAAAAGAUGGUUACCAUCUGAAACUUCUGUAAGGAUCUUUGUUACUCGAGAAUUGUGGGUUUGAACUUGUUCUUCGUUUGAGUGAUGGGUCAAAGGAGUCAGGUGCUACUGCUGCUUGCAUUCAUCAAAUUUUUAGUCGUAGGAGCACAGACAGACCCAAAUGAUGCUGCUGCUCUAAUGGCUCUCGGGAGUAGCUGGGAAAACAAACCAUCCAAUUGGGUGCGCUCUGAUCCUUGUGGCGGUUGGGUAGGAAUUGAGUGCAUCAAUUCACGUGUAACCUCCAUAAUAUUGACAAGCAUGAAUUUGACGGGUCAGCUAUCGGUAGAUAUCGGGUCGUUAUCUGAGUUACAGACUCUGGAUCUAUCUUCCAACACGUUCAUGACAGGACCACUACCACAAGCAAUUGGGAAUUUGAAGAAGCUAUCAAUCUUAUGCCUGACUGGUUGUGGAUUCUCUGGUCCUAUUCCAAACGAAAUCGGAUCUCUGCCGCAGCUACUCUAUCUAGCUCUGAAUACUAAUAGAUUCUCUGGACAAAUUCCAAGUUCAAUUGGUAAUCUGUCCAAUCUAGAUUAUUUGGACCUUACUGAGAACCAGCUUAGUGGAUCCAUCCCAGUCUCUAGUGGGAAUAAAUCUGGUCUUGAUAUGCUACUUCAAACAAAGCACUUUCAUCUUGGAAAGAACCAGCUAUCGGGCACAAUUCCACCUCAACUUUUCAGCUCAAAUAUGAAACUCAUACAUGUGCUUUUUGAUAAUAAUAAUUUAUCUGGUAUCAUCCCUUCCACCCUUGGACUUGUGCAGACCUUGGAGGUGGUACGCUUGGAUAGAAAUUCACUAAAUGGGUCUGUGCCUUCAAAUAUCAGUAAUCUUGCAAAUCUCCGUGAGCUGGCCCUGUCCAACAACAGCCUGACUGGCCCUAUGCCCAACCUUACUAGCAUGAACCUCCUCAACUAUGUGGAUAUGAGCAAUAACAGUUUUGAUAGUUCUGGUGUUCCUCCUUGGAUUUCUUCCUUACAGUCUUUGACAACAUUAAUGAUGGAACGAACACAACUUGAAGGACCAAUUCCUGUUAACCUGUUCAGCCCUCCCAAUAUAGAGAUAGUGGAUCUGAGCAACAACAAUCUCAAUGGCACCCUGAAUAUUAGUACCACGUAUAGCCACAAAUUGCAACGCAUCAUUUUGCGGAACAAUUCUAUUGCUAAAUUUGAACCAAUAACUGGAGGAAACAACCUCACGAUAUCACUUGAGGAUAACCCAGUUUGUGAGGUGACAGGUCAAGUGACAGAGAGUUACUGCAAUAAUUCCACAUCAAGUUUGCCAAAUUCGAUGCCACCCAACUGCUUGCAACUUUCCUGCAGUUCGGAUCAGGUUGCCAGCCCCAACUGCAAAUGUGGCUAUCCAUACAAGGGCACUCUAUUCUUCAGAGCUCUUUCCUCCUUAGACUUGGGAAAUUCAAGUUACUAUGUAGCUGUAGAGGAGUCACUCAUGCAAACUUUUCAAUCCUAUGAUCUUCCAGUGGAUUCAGUUUCUCUGAGUAAUCCCACCAUAGACUCAUUUGGUUACCUGGGAUUGAGCCUGCAAGUUUUCCCAUCAGGAGAUGACCGUUUCAAUAAAACCGGAAUUACUAUGAUUGGAUAUGUUCUUAACAACUUGAGUUUCAGCCCGCCACGUCUCUUUGGACCCUUUUUUCUUAUUGCAUCUAUAUAUGAUUACUAUGCAGGAUCAAACAAAGGGAAAAGCAAAGGCAUUAUAAUUGGAGCAGCAGUUGGUGGUUCUCUCCUCCUGGUAGGCUACAUGGAUCCUGAAUAUUACAUGACCCAACAGUUGACUGAGAAGAGUGAUGUCUAUAGUUUUGGAGUGCUACUGUUGGAGCUAAUAACUGCAAGAAGGCCAAUAGAGCAAGGGAAGCAUAUCGUGAAAGAGGUAAGGAAUGCAAUGGAUAAGACAAAAGAGUUAUACAAUCUUCAUGAAAUUCUUGACCCAGCCAUUGGUUUGGGAACAACUUUGAAAGGUUCAGAAAAGUUUGUGGACCUGGCAAUGAGGUGUGUUGAAGAAUCAGGAGCCGAAAGGCCUACAAUGGGUGAGGUGGUAAAAGAAAUUGAAAACAUUAUGCAACUUUUUGGGUUGAACCCCAUUGUUGAAUCUGCAUCAACUUCAGAAACUUAUGAUGUAGCCGGCAAAGGCCAUUACGACCACCCUUACAUCGAUGAUGGCUUUAAUUACAGUGGUUCCUUCCCUCCUUCAAUGACAGAUCCUAAGUGAAUAUCAUUUCACAAUUUAGAAUGCUCAACUUGGUAGGAAUUUUAUUUUUUUUGGGUUUCCUUGUAUAUGUUAGAGAAACCAGUUCAUCUAUCUUAUACAUGAAACAUGGAUACUCAUGUUAAAUAAUCAUUUAUUGUUAGGAUAUUUCAAUAAUAAAUCUACUCUUUCUCUGUAGCAUGUAUAAAUAAAAUG